CCGGUCCGCUCUCAUUUUUCACUUGAAUGUGACCCACAUGCUCAGUUCAUUGUGUGCUUUAAACACUAAAGACCACCUUAAUCAGGACUCAACAACAUUAUUCGACUUUUCCUUGAAACCUUGUGGAGAAGAAUGGAUGCUGUUUUGAUCAAGUGUUUACGUAUGGACAAGUGAUUCUUUGUUCAGGGCUUGUUGAAAUGUUCAUGGUCGACUUUCAGAUGCAGGGAUAUUCCCGCUGUUCAUGACAGUAAAUCGAAAUAAGAUGAAUACUCAGCACUUAGUGCUUUUUCUGUUUACUAUAGGAAGAACCUUCAUUGGGAAGAUACUACUUCAGGCCAUUAUGUGAACAGCCUUCAUGCAACUUUGUUGGAUCAAGUGGUUUGUUCUUUGAUUGUGUUGUUCUAUUUAUUUUGGUUUGAUGGAAAACAGAAUGCCCCAAUGGUGCUUUAAGAACAGUUUGAGGCUAUUCUUUAUUUUGUGGAUUAUCUGCUUCAACCGCUGUCUCCUUUACUUGGUCAAAGCCCAAAACAGGAUCCCAACCGAAACUGUGCAAGUGUGGGCCUUGGAAUUCGGUGGAGAGCUGAAUUCCAUUGUGGAAAAGUAUUCAGGCUCCUUAUUGCUACAGAAGUACAAAGAUGUAGAACCCUUCAUAAGGAUUGAAGAAGUGGAUGGAGUGGAAUUGGUAAUGCAGUUUGGAGAGAAGAUGAAAGAGAUGUUACGAAGAAAAGUUGAGGCAGUGAAGAGAUUGGUUGAUGCUGCUGAAGAAGCUGAUUUAUAUCACAAGUAUGAUAUGAAUUUUGAGUUUGAUUAUUAUAAUUCUGUGCUGAUCAAUGAGAGAGAUAAAAAUGGGAAUUAUGUGGAGCUUGGAAAUGAGUUUAUUUUGGAAGUAAAUGAACAUUUCAACAAUUUGCCUGUGAACACCUCACUCAGUAACAUACAAGUCCCAACUAAUGUGUAUAAUAAAGAUCCUGAUAUUUUGAAUGGAGCGUACUGGUCAGAAGCAUUAAACACAAUCUUUUCUGACAACUUUGGUCAAGAUCCAACUCUCACCUGGCAAUAUUUUGGAAGUUCCACGGGAUUCUUUAGACUUUAUCCAGGUAUAAAAUGGAUGCCAGAUGAAAAUGGAGUCAUAUCUUUCGAUUGCAGGAACCGAGGCUGGUAUAUUCAGGCUGCAACUUCCCCAAAAGACAUUAUCAUACUGUUCGACAUCAGUGGCAGUAUGAAAGGUCUCAGAAUGACGAUAGCCAAACAUACCAUCAACACCAUCCUAGACACAUUGGGUGAAAAUGAUUUUGUCAAUAUUAUCGCUUACAGUGAUUACAUCCAUUAUGUCGAACCCUGCUUCGAAGGAACACUCGUGCAAGCUGACAGAGACAACCGAGAGCAUUUCAAGCUGCUGGUUGAUAAACUUAAUGCCAAAGGAACAGGAGUAGUAACUAAGGCGCUCAUUGAAGCCUUCAUAAUCUUGAAUAAGUUUAAUGAGACAGGACAAGGCAGCCUGUGUAACCAAGCCAUCAUGCUGAUCACAGAUGGUGCAGUUGAGGAUUAUGAAUCUGUAUUUGAACAAUACAAUUGGCCUGACUGCAAGGUGCGUGUAUUUACAUAUCUUAUUGGCCGGGAGGUAACAUUUGCAGAAUAUGUCAAGUGGAUAGCAUGUAACAACAAAGGAUAUUAUACUCAUAUCUCAACAUUGGCUGAUGUGCAGGAGAAUGUCAUGGAAUACCUUCAUGUUCUGAGCCGCCCAAUGGUUAUUAAUCAUGAUCAUGACAUUAUAUGGACAGAAGCAUACAUGGACAGUGCUCUAUUUCAAUCUGCAGCACAUAGUCUGCUCCUCAUGACAACAGUGGCAAUGCCAGUCUUUAGCAGAAAGAAUGAAACUAGAGCACAUGGUAUCCUUCUUGGGGUUGUAGGAACAGAUGUUCCACUGAAAGAGCUGUUAAAGUUAGCUCCGAGGUAUAAGCUUGGAGCCCAUGGUUAUGCAUUCCUGAAUACGAAUAAUGGUUAUAUACUAGCCCAUCCUGAUCUCCGGCCUUUGUACAAAGAUGGAAAGAAAACGAAGCCAAAACCAAAUUACAACAGUGUGGACAUUUCCGAGGUGGAGUGGGAAGACACCUAUGAAGUUCUCAGAACAGCUAUGGUGAAUGGUGAAACUGGAUCAUUUUCAAUGAAUGUUAAAGUACCUAUUGAUGAUGGGAAACGUGUCUUGUUUCUAACCAAUGACUAUUUCUACACACACAUCGAUGACACGCCUUUCAGUCUGUGUAUUGUUCUUACAAGAGGACAUGGUGAAUCUCUGUUCAUUGGAAAUAUAUCUGUGGAAGAAGGGUUGCAUGACAUAGACCAACCUGACCUGACACUUUCAAAUGAAUGGAUUUAUUGUGUAACUGACAUUGAUCCAGACCAUCGCAAGCUAUCACAAAAAGAAGCUGUAAUUCGUUACCUUACUGGACAGGAACCAGAUUUGGAAUGUGAUGAGGAGUUGCUGCAAGAGGUUCUCUUUGAUGCUGUAGUAACUGCUCCAGUUGAAGCUUACUGGACAGCUAUAGCCAUGAACAUUUCUGAAAAUAAUAAAGAUGGUGUUGAAAUGGCUUUCCUGGGCACUCGAGCAGGCUUGAUGCGAAGUUGUCCCUUUGUAGGAAAGGAGAAGAGCUCAAACAAGAAGUUCUUCACGACUCAGGAUAGACAUAGUAUUUUCACAAUGGACCAUUUUCCACUCUGGUACCGACGGGCUGCUGAGCACCCACCUGGACAUUUUGUUUACAACAUAGCUUUUGAGGAAGACAUAGGAAAGAAGAACAGAAGUAAAAUGGUAACAGCAAGUACGGUAGUAAGUGUUACUGUGAGCAAAAGGAUGGCCAUUGCAGCAGCUGUUGGUGUGCAGAUUAAUCUCCGAUUAAUGCGUCAGAAAUUCUGGAUGGCUACACGGCAGUCUAAUGAUACAGAUUGCAGCAACAUAGAAGGGACAUGUCCCAUCAGCUGUGAUAAUGAUGCUCUGAAUUGUUUCUUAAUAGAUAACAAUGGGUUCAUUCUGAUCUCCAAGAAUGAGGAAGAGACAGGGAAGUUUCUGGGAGAAGUGGAUGGGUCAGUGAUGACGCAACUGCUGAACAUGGGGCUGUUCACUGAGGUGAAACUUUAUGAUUACCAAGCUAUGUGCAAAGGGGCCACCAAUCACCACAGUGGAUCUCAGCCUAUGCUCAGUCCUUUCUACGUUAUUUUGGCUGCUCUAAAAUGGUUCCUGAACAAUUUAUUCAUAUUUUUCAUUGAAUUCAACCUCUGUGAUCUGUGGAAUAGGGAAGGUUUAGUGAAUGCCAAAACUGUCUUCCAUUUUGGUCAUAAGCACCGGAAAGUGGAGGCCUUUCAGCCCUGCAACACGGAAUAUCCAGCUUUUGUGCAUGAUGACACGAUCAAAGAAGCAAAUGGAUUUGUUGAAUGUGGAGACUGUCAGAAAAUGUUUGUUGUGCAGAGCAUUGAAAACAGCAAUCUACUCCUCCUAGUGACAGAAGCAUACUGUGACUGCAGCGUCUUCCCACCAGUAACACUGGAACCUAAAGAAGUGAAAUAUAAUGCAUCAGUGAAGUGUGAACGUAUGCGAACACAAAAGUUAAGGCGUCGACCCAAUACGUGCCAUGCAUUCCAUCCUGAGGUAAGGAAAAUGCAGAGGAGUGUGGAGGAGCAUCUGGGAUUUCUCUGGCUGGAAUGCUGCUUGCACUUAAUGUGGGCAUGGUUGCUGUUUUACAAUGAUGAAGCCGCAGUGUUGACCAACAUGCAACGCACUAAUUUAGAAGCUUUACCAACAGAUGCGCAUAAAGCAAUCAAUCAGGCCUAUUUCUAUUGAAUUGUUAGCAAAUAUAUGCUAUUGGAUGAUAAGACAGGCUAAGGAUAGAAAAGAACUUUCUCAGAUAGACUUCAAACAGUUUCCUUGUUCACCAAUGUACUAUUUAUUUCACUUACAUUCAAAAUAGUAUAAUUGAAGAAACAACACAGAGGGCUGCAAUGGCAUGAAGGAACAAAACCAAGAGGUUCUCAUUAGUGAAACUUAAACGUGAAAUCGGCUUCUUCUCCUGUAUGGUCUUCAAACUGUUGUUGAUCAAUGAUGAUAAUGGUCUGCUUGAUGAGUGAGUGGUGCUACUCCUGGAGUCAGUUGGAGUGUAAUUCUUUUGUGAAGUUACCACAAAUUGUUCUUCCAGUAGUGUGGCUUGAUUCUGGAAAAUUCCCCUUUGCUACCUGUUUAUUUGGUCUGGGAAGAUUUGUGUGAAACCUUCACUCGCUAAGAAUAUCAUGCUUUCCACAAAAUAAAU